ACAUGCAGUUCCAGCGGGAGGUGUUCGUUAUGGACUAGUGUUCGGGCAGGAGGAGCGGUAUGGAGUCACCGUGGCGUCCCGUCCUCUUCGCUGCAUUGGCUGUCAGCCUCUGCUCCCCACCUGCUGUCGGAGACGGAAAAUUCGGUUGUCUGUUUGAAGAUGAGCUCUGUGCUCCAYACGAGUUCUGCGUCAAUGACGGAGUGUUCGGACGGUGCCAGGAGUUGGCCGGGGCAGACUUAUACACGUACGAUAUUUCUUCCUCUGCUCUGCAACGCCUCAGGGUGAUCCUACAAAAGCUGGCUCAUAGAGGUUUGACUUGGCAGGACGACAUCACUCAACAGGUCAUCUCCAGAGAGCUCUCCAAGCUGAGACAYAUCCCCCUCCGCCAGCAGAACUCACCUUCGAGCCGCCUGACGACGUACAGCAGCUCUAAGAACAGAAAAGCGAGGCCCGCGCAGGCUGAGCUGAGCAGAAACCUUCAGCAGUAUCUGACGGGGCUGGGCUUUUUGCCACCGGCUGAACUGGAUCAACAAACAGAGCGUCUGCAAGAGGGAAGCAAGACUCAGAAUGAAGACAUCAGGCCUGAUAGUGCAGCUAAGCCAAAACCCAAACAGGGCUGGAAGGAGACAACCAUCUACAGCCUUCAGAAAGGAGCUGGCCAGCCUCCAGUCACCAAAGUCAUCACCAAAAGUGGAGAGGGCAAGCACCCCAAGCUCGGUACAACCUACUCCAGCCAGGACAAGAACAAGCUCCUCUCCAACCAUCUGGAGCAGCUUCUUUCUGGUGUAUCAGGCACUCAGCAGGGCAGCACAGGUGCUGAGGCUGCGUGGCCCAAAGGGAAGCUUCACUACCUCAGCUACACGCAGCCAGCUCACAGCAAUCAUGCAGAGCCACAGGCCGCUUUCGGCUCCAAAACUGCGCAGCCUGAUCUCAACAGACUGCUCUUCAAGGCUAGCUCAAACCAGCUCACCGCAAAACAGCCUCUCAGCACCACGGAUGAUCGAUUCUUCCUGAAUGCGGUAAAGCAGCUGGGGGGACACAACGUUCACAUGGAGGCUUUGAUGGGCAAAGACCUGGACCGACUGGCUGAGAUCAUCACAGGAGCUCUGCAGGAGGUCGAUGAGGAGCCAGGACCGGGAGCCACUACCUCCACGGGGGAGAUGAAGGGUAACCAGGAGCCACUGGCAGCAACGCGCCUGAAUCAAGACCAGGACCUGAAAUCACAUAAAGAGCAGAAUCUGAAAGACAUGCUGAAAGUAAAGCAACAAGGCCAACAAACAGACGKUGCCGACAAAGAGUCCAUUGACAAGCACUCAGUAUUUUUUUCCAAGCUGCUGGACUACCUCAACAUGGAGCCGUUUGGCGACGCUCCAGGAGUAAACAGCGGCCCACCACCGCCUCCCCUUCAGAAACUAGUGGGACUCGAGAACGUCCACAGUAAAACAAUGCAGGGCCAAGUUCCAGUUCCCCACCUCUCUGAGGAGAAGAUCGUGUCCGUCCCCGCAAAGGAAGGCUCCACCCUGCGGUUGAGCGGUGGACCAGAUGGGUCUGAUGCCCAGGUGGGCUCCGAGACUGACAGGUGGAUGCAGGCGKAUCAGGCUCCAGCAGGAAAUCAGCAGCCAGAGGAGCCGCAGAAGAAGGACAUGAAGAUCAAAACCCAGCUGGUCCACGUAGGAGUCAAGGAGUUUUCCAGCAGAGGGAAGGACAGACACUUUGGCUACAUCAUCACGGGCUCAGAGUCUCUCACCAAUGACCGGGCCACGGACCUAAUGGAGAAGCUGACACAUAGGUUGAACCUUCAUGCUGCAGAUCUCACCCAGCUCUCCGUCCUGGGUCCCGCGCUGACGUUCAGAGUCGGCCCAAACCCCAAGAACGUGACCACUGCAGAUCUGGUUCAAGCUGCAGUCCAGCAGAAGCAGCAGCUGGAGACGGAGACAGGCCUGAAGAUAGUGGAGGCUGGAGUGAGUGAUAGGGGCAGUCUGACCCAGAUCCCGGUGGUGAAGGAGACCCGGGUGGAGUCGGGCCAGUUCCUGCUGCUCUCCAUCCUCUGCAUGCUCUUCAUCYUGGUGGUGCUGGCCGUGUCCGCCACGUUCUUCUGCGUCCGCCAGCACUCCCACCUCCGCAUGAAGGAGAAGCUGGCCAGCCUGGGGACUGACACCAGCACCGACGCCACCGCAGCCUAUCAGGAGCUAUGUCGCCAGCGUAUGUCAAUCAGGACGUCGGAGCGCGUGGAGCGGCCGGAGACCCUGCGUCACUCACGCCUCAACAGCGUGUCGUCGCAGUUCAGCGACGGCCCCGUCGGCAGCCCGUCGGCGCGCAGCAGCACCUCCUCCUGGUGCGAGGAGCCCGUGCCGGCCAACAUGGACAUCUCCACCGGUCACAUGAUCCUGUCCUACAUGGAGGACCACUUGACGAACAAGAACCGUCUGGAGCGUGAGUGGGAGGCGCUGUGCUCCUACCAGGCCGAGCCCAGCACCUGCAGCGUAGGCCAAGGCGAGCAGAACUCCAAGAGGAACCGCUCCGACGCCGUGGUCGUAUAUGAUCAUUCCCGGAUCACCUUGAAAGCGGAGAAUAACCAUGGCAACUCGGAUUACAUCAAUGCAAGUCCAAUCAUGGACCACGACCCUCGCAAUCCAACCUACAUCGCCUCUCAGGGCCCACUUGCUUCCACCGUGGCAGACUUCUGGCAGAUGGUGUGGGAGAGCGGCUGCGUUGUCAUCGUCAUGCUGACACCRCUGUCAGAAAACGGAGUGAAGCAGAGCCACCACUACUGGCCUGAUGAAGGAUCAGAUGUCUACCAUGUAUAUGAGGUCAAUUUGGUGUCCGAGCACAUCUGGUGUGAGGACUUCCUGGUGCGGAGUUUCUACUUGAAAAACCUGCAGACCAACGAGACUCGCACCGUCACCCAGUUCCACUUCCUGUCCUGGAUGGACCGUGGGAUCCCCAGCUCAGCCAGGACCCUGUUAGACUUCCGCAGAAAGGUUAACAAGUGCUACCGGGGCCGAUCUUGCCCGAUAAUUGUUCACUGCAGCGACGGAGCGGGCAGGACCGGGACGUACAUCCUGAUUGACAUGGUCCUCAAUAGGAUGGCUAAAGGUGCUAAAGAGAUUGAUAUUGCCGCUACCCUGGAGCACUUGAGAGACCAGAGAGCUGGCUUGGUCCAGACAAAGGAGCAGUUUGAGUUUACUCUGACAGCCGUGGCCGAGGAGGUGAACGCCAUCCUGAAAGCGCUUCCUCAGUAAAAGGCAUCACAUGUCUUAUUUUCUCUCCGCCAWGCACCGGUCUUCUCUGCCUGCCCUUCUAUGUCAACCUCCUCUUCACCCUCUGAUACUGUAUCCCCAACAUUGUGCCUGCUAGCUCAUCUCAUCAUCAUCACUAAUUUUCAGAGUGCGAGAGAUUACGUUUUAGUGUUUUAAGAAGAACAAACAUGAAACCACAGUCGUCUGUACGGUGACGUUUCUGGACAUACUCCUGCAGUGUCACUGAUGACAUGUUCAUGUAGCUUCAAGUGCAGAUUCACGUUACAAAAUGAGCUGACAUCUGUUAAAAAAUGGUUUCAAAUGCUAUGAAAACUAGCUGCAGCUAAUAGUUUGUGUUUUGGCUGUUUUGUGUGUAAAAUUGAGGAAAAAAGGAACAGAUUAUGUUUGUUUAUUUUGUGUGACUGAGUUAAAUUUAGAGAUGCACUGAUUGCUGGUUUUUGGUUUAGGGCCAAUUUCAAUCUUCCAUUUUGACUUGCCAGUUUUUCUACAAGACUUUUAAUUGACAGGAAAUCGUUCAUUUUUUUUUGAAUGAAUUAAACAAAGGAUAAAACAUCAAGCUACUUUUUAUUCCAAARAGCACUACGUUACUGAAAAAACUUAACUGUAUAAAGUAUAUUUCUUUUAUAUGACAGAUUAAACCUAGGCAACAUGUUUACCUUCCUUUUUUAUACCCCAAAGCUUAAAGGUGUACACAAUAACAAGACAAACACUUAAAAAUAUUUUAAGUAAACAUCCAAUGUAGCGUUGUUAAAAUUUUGGUAAUUGGUUAUGUUUAUUGGCUAAAUCAGCACAAAUAUUGGUGAAAAAAAACUGUGUACUUCUUUUGUUUUCUUUGACUUGAUUUUAAAAUGCGUAGAUAGUACAAAAAAUCAACUUCUAGUCUUUUUCACCAAGUCAAAGCUUUCACAUCAAGAUGUGCUAUCGCAAAUUAGCCACUUAGCACACAAGUUAGUGAAAAUGGACUUUUGACGCCUGUUGCGUUAAAGAAUUGUUCAGUUCUGCUCACCUAAAAAGCAUUCACUGCAUCCCUGUUUAGUAGAAUAUUUAUAUAUUAUAUUACAUUUUGUGURRGAAUAACMAGAAUGGURGUUAGAUUUUUGUUUGUUUGUUUGUUGUUUGRUUUUUAGAUUGUCURAUUGAACAAACUGAAGUAGCUGCAGCUCUCAGCUCAGACUCUGUAAAUGAACUUAUUACCUGUAAAUCUCAUUUUGUACAAAUUCUUUCCUCCAAAUGAAGUGAUGUGCUGGACCCCCUCAUGUUUCUCCUCCUCUGUGAUCUGAAUCAGCUAAUAUAUACUCUGCAUCACUUUAAAAUGUUGGUGUGUGUGUUGUAAUUUGAACCAUGCCACAGAUUCUCUGACUCUGAAAAAAGCCUCACAGAUCAUAACAUAUCAGCCGUUCAUUCACUACAGUGACUUGUUAAUAUUCCCUUUUUCUUUUGUUUUUUUUUUUUCUUUAAAGUUUGGUCAACAAACAACUCUGUUAAUAUUAAAUGUGAAAUACUAAAAUAUAUCCUCUAUUUAGAAAAGUUGUCAUCCUGUAUCAAUAGUAAUAAGAUUAUAUAUAUAAAUGAAGAACUUAUAUUGGGAUUGCUGCUAAAUUUGUUUGUCCCUCUAUCACUGGUAUAUUGUGACAUUUCGUGCAACAUGACAGACUAUUUGUUCUAUAGACAAUGAAUGACUUUAUGAAUUGUGCUAUAUAAAAAUCCACACUGAGAUCUUCAGUGAGAGCUAUAUAUUUUGUGUGAGAAGUAACAUUCAGAUUGAUAAUAAAUCCGAUCAGACUCCACUG